AUGGCUAUCAAUGAAGCUCGUUUUCGCAACUACCUCGUGAAUCUCGACUCACAAAUGGUGUACAAGAUCAUCUCCGACGACCCAAUUGGCAGAGAUUCCGCUAACAUUCCCGUCUACAAAGUAGUCCACUCCGUCCUCGAUGGCACAAUGGUUACUUUUUCUAACGACUUUCUUUGCGUCAAGAAAGCGGCGAAUCGCCGCCGUGAAGAAGGCAAUUCAACAACAACGUUAUUGCACCGAGAAAUCUUUACAAGAAACUAUGCUUUGCCGUAUAAUCACAAGAACUUGAUGCCAGUGGAAGCCCAUUUCGUCAACAGGCUAACGGACGAUCUCUGCGUCGUGAUGCCGUUCCCGGAACGGGGCUCGCUCCGGUCAAUCGUGGCCGAAAAAUUCCCGUAUGGGUUCCCGGAAGCGUUCAUCUCCGUGGCCCUGAGACCGGUCCUUAAGGCGCUGCGGUUUCUCCACGGCGCCAAGAUCCUCCACGGCGACGUCACCGCCGGCCACGUUUACGUCAAGAGCGGCCCUCAAAUCCUGCUGGGUUUCGCCGCCACGCUUUACGAACACCAAGUUUCCAAUCCGGAAUGUUCUUCUCAUUCCGCUUUACCGGCCACCCAGAUUUCCACUUGGGCCGCCGCACCGGAGGCUUACAAUAAUAGUAAUGGUGGGAAUGGAAAGGCUGCAGAUAUUUGGCUGGUGGGAAUCACUGCCCUGGAAUUGGCUUAUGGGGGAAUCAGAGUUCCGAAUCGCGAGGCCCUUGAGGUUAUGAUCAGGGGAAUAAUUGAAACCAAAAGGCUUCCCAAGAAUUACCAGUUAGAAGGAGAAAGAAAAGAGGGGAUUAAGGAGAAGGGGAAGAAUAAGAUAAUGGAAGGUGAGAGAGGAGAGGAAGAAAGGUCAUUUUCGAGGGAGUUUGAGAAGAUGGUGGCAGAAUGUGUGGCGUGGAACCCUGCGGAUAGGCCCUCUGCUCGUAGCCUUCUGAAACAUGAGUUUUUCAGCAGGAUUAAGGGGUUGAAGAAGUCCGCGUUGAAAUCACACUUUCAGCAUGUUGUGAUUGAUGAUGAAAACAUAAUGGAAAACUCCGAUUUCAACUCCUCCUCGCCCUCUGACUACUCUCCGGCUGUUAAAAACAGGAGGCCGAAAUCUCACAUUUCAAUCCCUGGCCGGCCUGAUGAAAGCUUUGAUAAUGAGUUUGAUGAUGAAGCACUUGAUCUCAACUUCAAUUUAUUCCCCACCAGUCUAGAAUCUUACUGUGAUAUCGUUAAAGAAGUACCACUGAAGUUGCGGUUUUUCAAGACGGCCAAGAGAAAAUUGUUUGAAGAUGAUGAAUAUAUGGGGGAUGAUGAAGAAGAAAGAUCAGAGAAGACAUCGGUGAAGCUGAGGCCAAUCAGGGCCAAUCAGACCCUAAGGAUAGGAACAGAGAGAAAUAAUAGUGUUCAAACCCCAGAAUUAUUUGAUCAAAAUAUGGGGGAUAAUGCCUCACAAAAAUGCAAUAUACAGUAA